AUGAGCGACAAACACCACGCACCGCAGCCCGAGUUCAUCGCGGACCAGGACGCGCAGGACUCUGGAGGCGAGGACGACGAGGACUCUGACAAGCCGAAGGACAAGAAGACGGGCCGGCGCAAGAUCAAGAUUGAAUUCAUCCAGGACAAGUCGCGGCGGCACAUCACCUUCUCCAAGCGGAAGGCCGGGAUCAUGAAGAAAGCAUACGAGCUUUCCACGCUCACCGGCACCCAGGUCCUGCUCCUCGUCGUGUCCGAGACCGGGCUCGUGUACACGUUCACGACCGCCAAGCUGCAGCCGCUCGUGACCCAGCCGGAGGGCAAGAACCUGAUCCAGGCAUGUCUCAACGCGCCCCACGGGCAGUUACCCACGUCGGGCGGGCUACCCACGCCUUCGCCGUCGACCAUCGGCAGUCGCGCCAAAGAAGAAGACGACGACAGCGACCGCCCCGGCGCUAAGCGUAGACGCCGCUCAAGCACCUCCGGCUCUGGCCGCCCGCGCUCCCCGCAGAGCCCGGCCAGCGGCGGGCUUCCCCAGCCGCUCGCCAUACCGCCUGGUGCUCCCCUCCCGCAGAUGAUGGGCACACCCACAGGCGCCCCUCCCACGCAGAGCCCCGCACAGCCUGCGCCGCCCGCAAGUCCGCACUACACGCACUCCAGCCCAGGUUACCCGCCCGCUCCACAGUCGUCCAGUGAUGUCUACGGCCAACCCAUGAUGCAACACCCGCAGAGUGCGUACUACCCGCCGCCUGCAGCCUCGGGACAGUGGCCGGGCGCAGUGCAGGGCGGACAGCCGCACUACGCGGGACGGCGAUGA